AUGCAAGUUCUGGCUAUACAAACACCCCAAAUUUUAAUUGCAACAAGAAAAGGGGACAAGAAAUUGCUUCCACCCUUUUUUGCGUUGAAUAAUUUGUUUCCCUCUAGUUCUUUUGUUCCAAAAGGUAUUACAUCAUCUUCAUGUUCAUUACAAUGUAGCGAGUCACCAUGGAUGCAUGCGGGGCACAGAGCUGUCAAAAGAAAUGCAUUGAAUGUUGGUACAGGAUCCAGUGACUAUGAAGGGAGACAGGAAAAUGACAACCAAAAUUUCUCUGUCAGCGGAACACCUAAUGAUAUUUCAUCUCAAAGUGAGAAGCCUCCUAAUCGAAUUCCGUAUCUCCUCUCUAUAGCUCUUGCGCUAUGUGGAUGUGCUUUAGUAUUUUCACUCAUUGCUUUCAUGAAAAGACCUUCAUCACUCUUAGCAGCAAUUGCCAAGUCAGGUUUCACGGCUGCAUUCUCCUUGAUAUUUGUUUCCGAGAUUGGGGACAAGACAUUUUUCAUUGCUGCACUGUUGGCCAUGCAAUAUGAGAAACUACUGGUCCUUCUGGGAUCAAUGGGAGCACUAUCACUAAUGACUGUCCUGUCUGUUGUUAUUGGACGAAUAUUUCAUUCAGUACCUGCUCAAUUUCAAACAACCUUACCAAUCGGAGAAUAUGCUGCAAUAGCACUCUUGAUGUUCUUUGGCCUCAAAUCAAUUAAAGAUGCAUGGGACCUUCCAUCCACUGUAGCUAAAACUGGUGACCAAGGUAGCAAUGAAUUUGUUGAAGCCGAGGAGCUUGUGAAAGAAAAUGUAUCAAAGCGGCUGUCAAAUCCCCUUGAAGUUUUGUGGAAGUCGUUCAGCCUUGUAGAAUGGGGAGAUCGCUCAAUGCUUGCAACGAUUGCUCUAGGCGCAGCACAGUCUCCAUGGGGAGUCGCAAGUGGAGCCAUCGUCGGACACCUGCUUGCAACAUCUUUUGCAAUUCUUGGAGGCGCAUUUCUUGCGAAUUACAUUUCUGAAAAACUGGUUGGAUACUUGGGUGGUGCUUUAUUUUUAGGAUUUGCCGUUGCCACAUUUUUUGGAGUCUUUUAG